AUGAGUCCCUUUCAAGCCUUGUAUGGAUGCACCCCUCCACACUUAGCCUUCCCUUCUACUGCCGCCAUCUCAGUUGGUGUUGUUGAAGAGUAUUUGAAGCAAAUAGAUGUUGUCAUGGAUAUUUUGAAAGAUGCUCUCCACUAUUAUCAAGAGAGAAGGAAAUUAUUUGCUGACCUUAAAAGAACAAAGAGACACUUUGAAGUGUGGGAUAAGGUUUACCUGAAGCUACAACCUUAUAUACAGGCAUUUGUGUCAUUAAGAAGGAACCUCAAACUUGCUGUUAAGUACUAUGGGACUUUCACUGUUUUGUACAGGAUCAUAUUGGAAGCUUACAAGCUACAUCUGCCAGCAGAAGAAAGAAUUCACCAUGUCUUUCGUAUAUCUCAGCUCAAGAAGCAGAUUGGUAUCAGUCACACUCCUUCCCCUGCUCUGCCAAUCUUAGACACUGAUCGCCAAAUACUUGUCAUUCCUGCAGCUGCAUUGGACUCAAGGACCAUCACCAGGAAUGGAAUUGUUGUACCACAACUGCUCAUUCAAUGGACAACCGCAUCAGCUGAAGAUGCUACUUGGGAGGAUUCAACACACAUCCAGCAUCAUUUUGCUAAAUUUAAUCCUUGA